AUGCUCUCCUCUGAAGAUGGCGAAGAUGCGGCUACCAGCCGCUUUGGGAGCUUGAAUCUGUCCAUACUAGGGCUGGGAACAGAAUACCCUCCGUAUCACCUCGAUCCCGCAGCUCUAGACACGCUCGUCCAGCGUCAUUACCCAGAAUCCCCAGCCAUGACCAAAAUCCGAACCAUAAACAAAUACACUGGAAUAGACACCCGGUCUGCAAUUGGCUCCGUGGACCACCCAAUGGCCAACAUGGACCGCGCGCCGAACAUUGACGAGCUCUGCUGCCUUUUUCUGAAAGACGGGGUGGCUCUAGCGGUGACAGCUGCGCGUAAAGCGCUGCACGAAGCGCAACUCUCGCCGUUGGAUAUUACGCAUGUUGUUUCGACAACUUGUACGAAUAGCGCAAAUCCUGGGUUCGAUCACUACGUUUGCAAGCAAUUGGGGAUGACACAGCCUGUAGAGAAGGUACUACUACAUGGGAUUGGCUGUAGCGGCGGGUUGGCGAGUCUAAGAACGGCUGCCAAUCUGGCGCUGGGAAGUUCAUUCAUGGGCCGGAGGGCAAGGGUGCUGGUUGUUGCGCUGGAAAUCAGUAGUCUGUUGGUGAGGAGCGAAUUGGAUAGUAUCCACCAGUCGCAGGAGACAAGAAUUGGGGUUGCGUUAUUUAGUGAUUGUGCGAGUGCGGCAGUGCUAAGCAAUGGAAUCGACGAUGGCAAUAUGGAGCCAGUAUAUGAAUUGUUGGGCUGGGACCACCGGAUAAUCCCUGAUACGGAGGAAGAUCUGGGAUUCGACGUCGACCCAUUAGGCUGGAAAGUCGUUCUCUCCCCCCGGGUCCCUAAACUAACCGCCGGCGUCGUUUCCCCCACCUUCAACGAUCUCCUCUCCACCCUCCCAGACCUCCCUCCACAGUAUCGAGAGGCAGCAGAUUUCGACUGGGCACUACACCCUGGCGGCUCAACGAUCCUUUCAGGCGUCGAGCGCGCCAUGGCCAUCACACCAGAGCAUAUGCGUGCCUCCUACGACACGUACAUUAACCACGGCAAUUCAUCCUCAGCAACAAUACUCUCGGUGAUGGACAGGCUACGGCAGAAGGAUAUGGAUGAGUUAGCGCCUGCAGGAAAAGUGAAGGACUUUGUAGUGGGCUGUGCUUUUGGUCCAGGUAUUGCGAUUGAGAUGUGUAUGCUGAAGAGGAAUCUGCGACAUGUGAGACGCACGCUUGUUAUCACGGGUGGCGAGGCGACCCCUCCUAUGACAGAAACGGAUCCGAGUGAUGAGAGUGAAGGGAGUAGAAGUGACGGAGAAGGGGACGACCUACCUCAAGCAGAGAGAGAAGUCGACGGCAUGACGGGGGAGGCUAGUGAACUGGUAUGCGAGAAAUCGAAUAGCGAAGAGAAAGAUAGUCUGGCAGAAGCGCUGAAUGGCGUCGAAUUGGAUUGA